GAAUACUCUGUAGUAAAAAACGGAUUUAUUUGCGACUUUAAACAACUCCAAUGAGCGACGCGCGUACACUGUUUCCUCCAUUGUAGUGGCUUCUUAGCUAACUCCUCCAUUGAAACAGAAUUUGAGGUACAAGAAUGGAGGAAGAUUUGUCCCCUGCUCCGUGGAAAUGGAGAAAGGUAGCUUAUGGAGGUAUGCAGCCGGGGUUUGAUGAUAAUUAUACAGGUGAUUCAUUCCUCGAGGAUAUGGUCACAAAUGCUAAUGUUGUCAAGAGGGACUUGUGUAAGGUGAUCCUUGAUUCAGUGUCCAUUUCCCAGUAUUUUUGCACCGUCAUCCUUGUGGUGUUGGUCUGGACCUACACUCUUGCCUCAACUAUUAGUUUAAAAUCCCUCUUGCUUCUUGAUAUAACUAUGCUAGUUUCAGGCUUCGUAGUUCUCAUUUUAACUGCGAGGAUGAUUUCCCUCAAACUCUUCGCCCAAUAUGCUCUUAACAUCUUGUAUUUCAUUACUGGGUUGUAUGCCUUGUCUCCAAUUUACCACACUUUAACGAAAUCCAUUAGUUCGGACUCCAUUUGGGCUCUAACGACUAUGCUUAUUGUCCUCCAUCUCUUUUUGCAUGACUACACUGGGUGCACUGUGAAGGAUCCUGGUUCUCUGACAAAUCCUACUUUAAGUUGCAAUAUCUCUUUGAACAUGUCCAUCAUUGCUUCGGUUUUGAUUGCUUCCCAACUCCAAUCAAGGCAACUUGUUUUUGCUAUUGUGUUGUUUUCCUUGCAGGUUUUCCUCUUUGCUCCUUUUGUUGCAUACUGUAUCAAGAGAUAUUCAUUCUGGUUGUAUCUAUGGUUUUCACUGGGAGUGGUGGGUCUCACUUUGGUGCUAGUUUAUAGACUGCAAGGAUUUUUCUUCGGCAUACUUCUAGGAUUGCUGGUUUUUAUCACUUUCAUCUGUCCUUAUUGGCUUACCAGAAUUCAAAAAUACAAGUUUGAAAUAAAUGGUCCAUGGGAUGAGGCCAAGCUCUGCUUUGACAUUAAUGAAUAGUGAGUGCUUUGGACAAUGAUUGAGUUGUCUCACUACUCACACCAUCAUCUCUUUGGUCGGAGAAUCAUCUUAAGCAGAAAUGAGGCUUGUAAAUUUGAUUAUUGUGAACCGAUUCUAGCCUUUUGACGUGUGCAAGUGGAAGUCAUGGCUUGCCUUUAUGCUCUUUGAUAAGCCAAGACUAAUUGGUUCACCUCAUAUAUAUGAGUCUUUCCUUGUCCGUCCUGUACCUUGAUAAAGGUUUGUGCUUAGAAACUGCUAUUCAGUGGACACUGCAGGAUUUUCAGAAAUUGGGAGUAGGCUUCCAGGUUGGUGUGCAAUUUGAAGGUUUUGCAGAGCAAUUUGAGGAGUCCACACCUUAGCACUUUAGCAGUGAGUUGCAGUAAGCGCUAUAUUAAUACUUUUUAACAGUUUUUGUUAUAGAAAGGAAGAAAUGAGAUUAAUCAGUAGAUAUUAUGAAGUUUUGAUAAUGUAGUAGGUUAGUUUUAUGUAAAUGAAAUUUUGUAAUGUAUGGGUUGGGAAAAUGUUUUCUCCCGUUGUUCAUGAUCACUUUUGAUACAGUGUAUGUAGGGCAAUUUUAUGUAAUGAAAUUAUGUAAAUGUAUGGAGCUAAAGUUUUCUCCCAUUGUUCA